UUUCUGGACUGUUUCAAACCCCUCGACAGGCUCGUAACAUCUCUUUUAUUAGCGUGUGGAGUUGAGACCUCACUAUUUUACAAAAUGCUACACAAAAGUGUGUUUCUCCUGUUUCUCGUCCUGGCCGCAUCUGCCUAUGACAUGGACCAAGAAGAAAGCUCACCAAGAAGAGCGCGUUUUUCAUCCAACAGUCCAUCUGAUGUAGCCCGCUGCCUCAACGGUGCUCUGCAGGUGGGGUGCAGCACCUUUGCCUGUCUGGAGAAUUCUACCUGUGAUACGGAUGGCAUGCACGAAAUCUGCAACAACCUCCUUAGUGCUGCUUCUGUUUUCAACACACAGGGUAAGACUUUUGUGAAGGAAAGCCUGAAGUGUAUGGCCAAUGGCAUCACUUCCAAGGUCUUCCAGUCCAUCCGCCAUUGCCCUUCCUUCCAAAAAAUGAUUGCUGAAGUGCAAGAGGAUUGCUACAGCAAGCUGGAUAUCUGCAAGGUUGCUAGCACCAACCCAGAUGCCAUUGGAGAGGUGGUCCAGGUGCCCAUGCACUUCCCAAACAGGUAUUACAGCACUCUCCUGCAAAGCCUGAUGGAGUGCGACGAAGAAACCGUGGCAACAGUCCGAACUGGUCUGAUGUCCAGACUGGGACCUGACAUGUACACCCUCUUCCAGCUGCUUCAGAACAAGCCCUGCGCCUCUGAAGCUGCCGCCACCGGCCACGCAGGGAUGGAGGGGCGCGGAGGCUUCCGCUGGGCCAUGGCCCCCAUGUUCAAGAUCCAGCCCAGCCUGCGUACUCGGGACCCCACUCACCUGUUUGCUAAGAAGCGCUCCAUCAAAGAGAGUCCUUAACUCUGAGGAAGGCAUGUGAUGGUGUAGGCCUCCAUAAGAUGCAUACACGAGGCCACUGGCCGCACACACACACUUACACAUCUCAUACGCAUGCUUUAAUACACAUACUUGCAAUCAUACAUUCACAGAAUGCAGUUUCUCACUUUUCUCACUGUGCACACAUCUGCUGCAAUCUCCCCACUUACAAAAAAAACCGACCGAAUAUGUAUUUAUACGACUUUCAAGUACAGAUGAAGUGCUUCUGAAUAUUACUAUCUUUAAUGUAUCAUUUGAAUCUGCAGAACAUCUGUGAAGGUACGCCAACAUAGAGCACUUUACUGUAUGAAGUGGAUGCAUUCAUUUGCGUUUGAUUCCCCAAUAGUAAAACAUGGCCGUCGGAUAUACUUAUUACCUGAUCUGUUUUCAAACAAUCAGGAACAUAUUUAAAUGUGCUUACGGUAUUCUAAUAUUUAUUUUCUUACCAAAUGUAAUUUAUGCCAUUCUAUUAUAUUGUUGUUGGCACAACUUUAUCUCUGCAGUGGAACUAAAAUUGAGGGGCAUCACAUCUAUGUCAGUCUAAAGCAAGGAUGUGCAACUCCAUGCUGGUCAUGGGUUUUGUACAUGUUGAGAGUUGUUAUUGCUCAGAAAUGAUUCCACUUUAUGUUGUUGGGCAACAUCACUUAACAGUUUGGUGUGUGGGUUUUUUUCUUUGAUAGAAUCUAACCAUGAUUUAUUGUCAACAAGAAUAAUGGUGAUUGAAGAGCCAAAGGAUGAUUCAUUCGGUUCUCUUUUUUUUUCUUGUUCAGUGUAAAAGUGCCGAUUUCACUUAAAGUGGGACAACUGCUUUCUGGAGAAAAAAAAAUUAAUAAACAGAAUUGCUUUA